UACUACAUCAUAUGCACAGUGACAUAUGCAUAUUAUAUAUAUGCGUCUAUCGUGUAUAUAUACACAUGUGCAUUAUACAAAGAGUAGCACGUGGAGUUCAAAACAUGUCGUUCAUUACGGCUUUGGAGAAGUAAUUUUAUAGUAUGUAUAGUUUACAGAUUCAAUGUUGGCAUUCAAUGAUAAAACUACUUCAGAAUUACGUCUUUUAAUUGCUUAUACAAAAUGUUAACACUACUGAAAAAUACUGUAGCGUCCCAGACACGUUGUGUUAUCUGCAAAUGUAUGUGCAGAAGACAAUACAGCAGUGGCAAGGGUUCCAAGUUGAAUUAUCCGAGGCGAAUAUUUUCCGGAAUACAACCGACUGGAGAUAUUCAUAUAGGAAAUUACUUGGGUGCUAUCAAAAAAUGGGUAGAAUUGCAAUAUAACGAAAAAAAUGUUAUUUGGAGUGUAGUGGACAUGCAUGCUAUUACUUUACCUCAAGACCGCAAAGAAUUACACAAUAAUAUAAUGAGAAUGACAGCUACAUUAUUAGCAUGUGGUAUAGAUCCAAAGAAGAGCAUAUUAUUUCAACAAUCUGCAGUACCUAUGCAUGCAGAAUUAUAUUGGGUUCUUGGAUGUAUAACAACUUUAGCAAGAUUAGCACACUUACCCCAGUUUAAAGAGAAAAGCCAAACAGUAAAAUUUGUCCCAUUAGGUUUGUAUGUCUAUCCUGUUUUACAAGCAGCUGAUAUAUUAUUAUACAGAGCAACCCAUGUUCCAUGUGGUGAAGAUCAAAUUCAACAUAUUGAGUUAGCACAAGAAUUGGCUGUUUCAUUUAACAAUAAAAUUGGCAAAAUAUUUUGUGUGCCACAUGCUUUAAUAAAUGAAGAUGCAAGUCAUCGAAUACGGUCAUUGCGCGAUCCAAUGAAAAAAAUGUCUAAAUCAGACCAAAGUCCAAAGAGUAGAAUAAACAUACUGGAUGAACCAAGCAUUUUGAAAGAAAAAGUAAAGAAAGCUGUAACCGAUUUUACAUCUGAGAUAACUUACGAACCGAAUGAACGACCUGGAGUUGCUAAUUUAAUCACCAUUCAUUCUAUGUUUACUGGACAAACGUCAGAUGAAAUAUGUUUGGAAAUGCAAGGAUCGAGUACUGCACAAUAUAAAUUGCUAUUAGCAGACUUAAUUAUAGAAAAGCUGUCUCCAAUAAGAGAAGAAUUCACAAGAUUAAUCAAGGAACCAGUAUAUUUAAGCGAAGUAUUGAAAGAUGGCAAGGAAAGAGCAACAGAAAUUGCAGAAGAAACUUGGCAGCAGGUUCGAGACAAAGUAGGCUUUGGAGAUGGCAAUUUUCAACAUAUUGAAAACCAGACUGUACAGAAUACUAUAUACAAAAUAUAAUUAGAAUUUAUUAAAGUAAAACACGUAUUCUCAUUGACGAUCACAGACGGGUUUCUGUUUUACACACACACCUGCUACUUUUUAUAAUUUUUUGCAUUGCUAGUGUUAUCUCAUAUCAAUAACUAUUUUACCUCUUAAGUGGCCUUGUGCCACUCGAUUGUAUGCCACUGGUAACUCUUGGAAUGGAUAUACUUUUUUAACUACAGGAACAACCUAGAAUUAAUUGCAUGUUGUCAUAACUCUAGUUAAUAUGUGAUACAGUUGUUAUAAAGUAAUUAAUAUACCUCUCCACUUUCAACAUA